GAAGUUUGAAUGUGUGCAUCUCAGGUUGUGAAGGUGUUACGGAACUUCAAAUGUGUGCGUCUUAAGUUGUAGUGUCACUAGCUCUGUUACUAGUAUCUUAGCUCUGGAGUUCCCAGAGCGCAUGUUGGAUCACAGCUUGCCUGCUGCACAUGAAGUCCGCGGUCUCACCACUGUGCCUCUGCGGAUCUUCAUCAACCACCAGAUGCGGGUCCUGGAUGGGCGCACUGUUAACCUGUUCUUGAAGAUACAUUUUUCUUCCGAAUCGAGAACGAAGAAAGAACUAGUUGUUUUAUGCCUGAAUGAGAAGGCAGAGCCUGUGACCUGGCAAGUGAGCGGGCCCGCACGCAUCCUACAGCUUGAGAUGGAUCACUUGGAUGGAGUCCGGUACAUUGACCGCAUGGACAGUAAAACCUUCAACGUGAAAUGGGCAGCACAGAACGAGUAGCAGUUUCAAACUAACCUUGUCACCCUGAUUGAGCACUAAGACAACUUCUUGGACAUAAUAUACAACAGACCAUGAAGAAACCUUUCUUACUGAUUCUUUAUUAAUACAUUUAUUUAUGAAGCCAGAUUUGUGGUCUGAAUGAAUAUUGAAUUAUCUUGCAAGUUGUUUCAAAUGUCCACAAACAUUAGAGCUAAAAUAUUGACUCAACUGUGGACUGUCACCUGAGUGGUAUACUACGACGCUUGGUUUUCUAAAGCUUGCUAGCUUCACAUUACAGCUCAGGCUUCAUCCGUAUUACGACAGUGGAUAUUGCUCAUCCGGCGUGUGCAUGUCGCACAUCGUACUCAUCAUUGAGACAAUACUAAAACGUCCAUCCUUGGGCGAUUUCAUUUUAGCAGGCUGUGGUGUGAAAUAGGCAAUUAGAAGUUCUGUAUUUUAUGCUGUCAUUGGUGUGCACAGGCACCUUUAAAUAAUUGUAUGAAGUAAUACAAGUUUUACUGUGCAUGAA